AUGUUGCAAUAUGGCUGCAAUAGUAUGGCCUUUGAUUCAGAACCCUUUAAUGAGCCACACAAUCCAGCAACAAUGGCCGACGAAAUGACGCUCAUCGCAGCCGCUUACAUUGUUUUGGCAGAAAAACGAAAAAAAAGGACACGAAUGUGGAUUCGACCCUACCUAAGUAGGCGUGACACUUUGGAUUCCGUAGACAAGGAAUUAAUGCUGGAUAAAUGCUUAUUUAAAAAUUUUACAAGAAUGUCUAAGAGCGACUUCGAAUUUCUUGUGAACAGAAUUGAACCAAACAUACAAAGGCAAGAUACAAACAUGAGGAAUGCAAUACCUGUGACUACAAGAUUAACAAUAACUCUACGGUAUUUAGCGACUGGAGAUUCUUUCAAGAGUUUAAUGUACCUUUUCAGAGUUUCCGCUUAUUCAAUUUCAACUAUUGUCCCAGAGGUUUGUGAAGCCUUAAUAGAAGGUUUAAAGGAAUACAUAAAGGCAAGUAAAUAUUUAAGUAUUUAUUAA